CGUAUGAUGGCAAACCGAUAUCCACUAUCCAGUCACGGUCUGAUACACAGACGAGUUCACCGGACUCAGAGAAGAGGCAACGCCAAACAUGCAUUAUUGGGUUCGAGCCGAGUCUUCUGAUUUUGGUGGAACUCUCCCCCAGCCUCGAAGUGGCCACACUGCAGUCAACGUCGGGAAAUCGAAGGUCGUCGUGUUUGGUGGCCUCGUCGACAAGAGAUUUAUCAGCGAUCUCACGGUCUACGACACUGAUAACAAAUUAUGGUUCCAGCCAGAGUGCACUGGGAAUGGAUCUGAUGAACAGGUAGUGGGUCCAAGCCCACGGGCCUUUCAUGUUGCCGUUGCCAUUGACUGCCAUAUGUUCAUUUUUGGUGGGCGUUCUAGUGGAAAAAGGUUGGGCGAUUUUUGGGUCCUUGAUACCGAUAUCUGGCAAUGGACGGAGCUUACUGGUUUUGGUGACUUGCCUUCACCACGAGACUUUGCUGCUGCUUCAGCCAUUGGAAACCGUAAAAUUGUUAUGUAUGGUGGAUGGGAUGGUAAAAAGUGGUUGUCAGAUGUGUAUGUCUUGGACACAAUAUCACUUGAAUGGAUGGAAUGGUCAGUUUCUGGAUCACUGCCACCACCUCGAUGUGGUCAUACAGCAACUAUGGUUGAGAAACGAUUGCUUGUCUUUGGCGGCAGAGGAGGUGGUGGACCAAUCAUGGGUGACCUGUGGGCUCUGAAAGGUCUUAUUGAGGAAGACAAUGAAACACCAGGGUGGACCCAGCUGAAGCUUCCUGGCCAGUCGCCUUCUCCUCGUUGUGGCCAUACAAUAGCUUCAGGAGGACAUUAUCUCUUACUAUUUGGAGGGCAUGGAACUGGUGGUUGGCUGAGUCGCUAUGACAUCUAUCACAAUGACUGCAUUGUCUUAGAUAGAGUAUCAGUGCAGUGGAAGCGCUUACUUACCAGCAAUGAUCCACCUUCUGCUCGAGCAUACCAUUCUAUGACUAGUGUUGGUUCACGUUAUCUUUUAUUUGGCGGCUUUGAUGGGAAAUCCACAUUUGGUGACCUGUGGUGGUUGGUUCCAGAAGAUGAUCCAAUUGCAAGGCGAUUGCCAAAACCUCUUCCAAAAGAUCCUUUUGAAAGAAAGGAUGGAUUAGUGCGAAGCACUUCACUCCAAUCUGUAUUCAGGGAAAGCCAAAGAGAAUAUUCCCCAAUCACAGAAUUGCAAAAGAGAUUAGAAGUUUCUGUUUCGGUUUCGGCUCCUGAGGUUGGUAUUACAGAUGAAUUGGAUGACAAAGAGUUUCUUGAACAAUCAUCAAGGUUGUUCAGAGGACAAGAGUCCACUAGUGGACAGGUUACACACAUUCAGUCUGUACAGGCGCUUCGUGACCACUGGAAGAAGUCUUCUCCAAGGGCAAUACCACUGAGGGAGUUGGGGCCUUUGCUUCGAGAUUACCAACGUCUAAUAACCCGCUGCCAUUUGGGAAUUGGUGGAUCUGAGUCACUGUCAAUGGAGUCUAAUCCUUCUGCACAUUACCAGUUUUAUCAUAUUAAAACUGCUUCUCAGUUGCGCAUGGAUGAUAUUCCUAAGUUGCUGAUUGAGUACAAACAGCUUCUGUCAAAUUGAAGAAUCACCUGGGGUUACUCCUUUAAGAAAAUUAAUAUGUGAAGAAUGUAUGAGGACUUGUUUGAAUCAUUUGUUUCUUUAUCAUUGAACUGGUGAUAUGUAAUCAAGGUUUAAUCUCUUUUAUGUAUUGACCCUGUCUAUUAUUUUGCCCAUCUGAACAAAAGAACAGUAAAUGAAAUUUCUUUUAGCAGCUCU